AACGCACGAUGUUCGCCGGCGCGCAGCUUCUCACUGGAGGACUUGAUCUUGAGCAACACGUUUUGGAUUCAUGGCAAAAGAGACACACACACACACACUCAAACAAACACAGUUCAACUUGGAAGUCAGACUGUGAGUCGUGAAGCCCGAGGAGGUUUCAUUCUACAACCUCUUGGAUUUACCUGGACAACACCCGGACACCGGAACAUAGUCAUCUAUUCGUUCUCUUCCUUUUACCUCUUAAUCUAUUUUCGCUCGGGGAUCGAACCGCCGCCCACCCACAGCGGGUGAACCGGCUCCAGUUGGCCCAGAGAUGCGGUGCCUUCUCCCGCUCACUGUGUAUUGCAUCAGCCUGGUUUCCCUCCAGCAGCUGCAGGCUCUGCCGGCGGAGGAGCGUCCCGACGCAGACAGGUUUGACCUCCUGAGCAAGCUCAUCAACCAGAGAGAGGAUAAAGCCUCGGCAUCAGGAAACCAGCCUGACGUUGCCAUCCCCUCUUCAGCCCCCAGCCCAUCCCCAAAAUGGCUGCCCGGUUUCCUUAGACACCCACCGGCCUCAGGAGUGAGAACAGCCUCGCCAAGUCUGGCAUGGCUCACCAAAGCUUUGCCGAUCAAGAGGAGGGCACUGAGGGUUCGCCGCCAGGCCCACACAGGUUCGAGAGGGGGGCACCACUACCCCCAUCAUGCCCAGCUGAUGAGAGUGGGUUGCGUGCUGGGAACCUGCCAAGUGCAGAACCUCAGCCACCGACUCUAUCAGCUCAUCGGUCAGAGCGGCAGAGAAGACUCGUCCCCCAUUAACCCUAGAAGCCCUCAUAGUUUCGGAUGAGUUAGACACCUCCAAACACCCACAGCAAGUCUAUCUAUAUCUCCAUUUAUUUAUCUCUUAAUGUAUUACUGGUAGUCUUUGCAUUAGAGUUUGAUGUAGUCCAUAACUUUUAUCUAUCCAUCUCAAAUGACUGAAUGUCGUGCCUUGCUACUUUUUAUGCUGAUUAAUGGAUCUGAAGAUUCAAAUUCAAGAUCAUAAAUGGCUCAAUCCCUUUUGAAACUGCAAAUUUGAGUCCUCCCCCGUCCAAUUUCCCUCUUGAACACUCAAAAGAAACCAAGAGGCCGCGGUUUGGCAUUUUAAUCCCGAUAAUGUAAGAAUGAAGGCUUGUCUUCAACACCGUCCAGCAGUUGGGUCCAGUCUGCCAGCUGACCUCCCCAGAGGCGGUUAUCCCGCGGCCCAUUGAUCAAACACUUAAGCCCCUAAUGUGGAUUUCAACCUGCACUCUGAGCUGGAGCCCUGUCAAAACCAAUGUAUUCCCAAAGACCUGGUAAUUUGACCCCAUGAACUCUUUUUACUCUUUUUUUGUGCUCCCGUUCCAUUUCACGACUGCAUAUGUGAUUUCAAUAUGAACACUGACAUGCCUGGAAUAGUCAGAUGAACUGGGAAUUCAUCGCUCAGCAAGACUUUGUGUUUCACGACCACAGUUUACAUUGAAACCAACCACAGCACUUGAGUUAAACCCAAGUUUAAGGAGUCAAGACUUAACCACAUAAAACCCCGGCUGAAAAGAAAAGAAGAAGAAGUUUCAGAAUCCAGCGCUUUGAAAGGAAUUUCAGUGCCUAAAGGAUCCGUGUCUGUGCUGCAUUAUAGCAGCGGGCUGGCCAACACAGUAGGCGGCAAAGUGAACCUUGGAGCCAUGGAUCAGCACUAUUUUGCACCACCGCUGGCACUUUCUCUGCCAGAGGCCAAGUCUGAAAUAUUAGCCCUUUCACGUGAUUCAUAAGUUCCCCCUGCAAGUCAGGACUUUGGGUUGACGGCAGUUUAAUAAACCUGGCUUAAUCACUUCAGUCAUAUGUACCGCCACAGCAGGGGAGGGGGGGGGGGGGGGCCCUGAGCCUCCCAUGGUCUGCACACUCAACACUCAUACAUAAAUAUAAAGAGUGAGGCAUAUGGCUUCCACACAUUUGCACACAUGCAGCCUUAAAGGGUCAGUUCAACAACACAAGAAAAAACAAGAAAUUGCAGAAACUUGGGGAUUUUGGGGAGUAAUGUGAAUUCUCAAUCUAGAAAAGAAAAUGCUGCUGUUGCAUUUUUUUGAAUGCGAUGUUCAAGUGCUGCGAACGUCACAAACAAACAGGCUAACUUUGCAUCGGUCAAUUAGAAAGUUGUUGGGUGUUUUUGCUAAUUUGGUUGAACUGGCCCUUUAAAUGGUUAUGGCUAAAAACAAAAAUAAAUCCACAUUUAUAUAUGUUUUUAAUAAAAGUACACUGAGAUGAUUCUUCACUGCAAGGGACCAAUUAAGUCAAGUAGACUGAGGUCAAAGAGAAGUGCUCUCACCUCUUCUUUCCCUCUGUCGCUCCAGUGUGCAGUUGGGGGUUGUCAGCCCGUGUUCUCGGGCAUCAUUUGAUGAUUAGAAUAACUAAAACAAUUUUCUUCCAAUUGGUGGUGAUAACGUGCCACAAAAAAAACUGAACUUUAUUUAAAAUAUAUGAGACAAGGUCAAUCUUUCUUUACGUUUCUCUUUUGGCAAUACCUGACAGCACUCUGCACCAAUAUACGACAUUCUGCUGGCGGCCACAGGCAGCCUGAGAGCAGUGCGGGUUUCUAAUGAGAGACCACAGUGACCAAAAUGUUAGCUGUCAGAGAGCUCCCUUUCAAAUAAGAACACAGAAUAGUGUAGCAGCAUCACAAAUGCAUGCCCUGACAUUUCCUGUUCUCUAUUUAUGUCCAUCUCUGAAAUGCUGGGAAGAUGAUGGACCGGGAACAACCGAGGUCAAGCUCUCCUCAUAGUGCACGGUAACAUUUAAUCAAAAGGCAACCAAAACUAUGAAACCCCUAUAUUUUUUAAAAGGAACAUAUUUGUAUGACAUAUGACUUUCCGACUUCUAAACUUCUGUACUUUACAGGAGCCUGAUCUUAACGUGUUUCAUUGUGGACAACUCAGUUGCUGGCCCACUUUCCACUCAUUUAGAUUACGAUUUGCUUCAGUCAUUAAAAUAUUGUAGCUUUUGCUAUUUAGCAUGUCAUUUUUCCCAACAUACAAGUUCUGUAUUCGUGAGAGCAUUAGUCUAAACUCACCAAAUACCUGGCAAUACUUGACAUCUUAUAUUAAUGUGUUCUUCUACGUCUUAAUCUGUGUUUCUUCUGCAUCAACGGCUUCUUUAUAUUUAGACUCGAAGCCCCGUGCUGCCUCUUUCCUUUCUCUUCUAUCUGUAUUCAUUGGAGCUGGAGGUCACAGGGUAAUAAUCUAAAUCGAAUCUGUUCAUAGGCUUGCUGAGGUGAAACAUGCCAUUCUCUCAGCUGUAAUGCAGCUAAUCAUUGUCUCGUGACAAAUCAUUAAAAGGCUUUUAAACGCUGAAAAACCCCUGGUGGAUCUCUCUUCUUUGUGAAAUGUACUGUUGCACUCGUACGUGCGUGUGCAUGUGUUGGAGCUGAAGUAUGCAACGUAUCAGGACACUUAUCUCCCGUGUGUGAUCUGUGCUCUGGACCAUUGUGCCACCACUCUCUUUUCUCUUUCUUUCACGCAGUAUGUUUUGUGACGUCGGGCAUUGCGUCAUGUCAAGUUCUGUGAGCAAACGUUCUGUGUACACGACCGCUAAUACCUCCCCAUGGAAACAUGUACAGAUAUCAUGGCUCAAUACUGCCAGGACAUACAGUAGGAAUGAGGGCAGUGUCGGCAUGUACAAGCUGUUUCUGUUAGUUUUGUACAACAUAGGAAGAUCUCAGUCGGCCUAUUCUGUGCUCGUUUUCCAUUUGAAAGUCACAUGAUCUGCUUCAGAGUCACAGGAAAGCACUUUAAUGCAUCGAUGUGUUGAGCGGUAGUUUCUCACAGCUUGAAUUUCACUCAUUGUACUGAACAUGUGAACGUUGAACGAGGUUCCUCCUGUAAAUGUGUUUGAAGAUGUCAGUGCUGUAAGCGGGUGAACUCCAUGUGCACCUGUGAAUGUGUGUGUGUCAUAUAUAUAUAUAUAUAUAUAUAUUAAGCCAAUUAUUUAAAGUUAUGUAUUUAAGUUAUCUUUGUAAGUUAAUAUCUGUAUGUCACCAAAGACUAUUUAUCUUCUAUUUUUCCACUGCUCCUUCAACAUGACCUUAUGUUGGAAGAGGAAAUCUUAACUGUAGUUCAAAUGUUACUGUUUGACAAUGUCCUUCACUCUGUAAAAUAAAGACCUACACUGUA